CCAAUAAAAGAAGAAAAAAGCAGAGAGAGGAAGACGAAGAACGGAGAGAGAGAGAGAGAGCAUGGCGCGAAAUCCUAACGAAAAUGGCGUUGAAGGCGACGAUGAAAGAGAGGAAGAAGAGGAGGAAGAAGAAGAGGAUGAGGAAGAAGAAGAAGAAGACGAGCCGAGGCUGAAAUACCAGAGGAUGGGAGGCAGCAUCUCUUCCCUCCUAUCCAACGACGCUGCUUCCUGCAUCUCCGUCGCGGAGCGUAUGAUCGCCCUCGGCACCCACGAUGGCACCGUCCACAUCCUCGAUUUCCUUGGCAAUCAGGUUAAGGAAUUUUCAGCUCACACCGCUACUGUCAAUGACCUUAGCUUUGAUAUCGAGGGCGAAUAUAUAGGAAGCUGCUCAGAUGAUGGACAUGUUGUUAUAAACAGCCUUUUUACUGAUGAGAAAUUGAAGUUUGAAUAUCAUCGCCCAAUGAAGGCCAUUGCUCUAGAUCCAGAAUUUUCAAGAAUAUCAUCACGUAGAUUCGUUGCGGGUGGUUUGGCAGGCCAUCUUUUUCUGAAUUCAAAGAAAUGGCUGGGCUAUCGUGACCAGGUUUUACACUCAGGAGAAGGUCCAAUACAUACGGUGAAGUGGAGAACAAACCUUAUUGCUUGGGCUAAUGAUUCAGGUGUUAAAGUUUAUGACAUGGCAAAUGAUCAACGCAUCACAUUUAUUGAGAGGCCGCGAGGGAGCCCACGCCCUGAACUUCUGCUGCCUCACUUAGUUUGGCAGGAUGAUGCUCUCUUGGUUAUUGGCUGGGGAACGUCAGUUAAAAUUGCUGCAAUUAGAUCAAAUGUAUCUGGAGGGGUUAACGGAAGGGCCAAUGGAAUACAAAGGACCAUCUCGAUAUCAAGUGCAAAGCAUGUGGAUAUUGUGGCCUCUUUUCAGACCAGCUAUUUCAUUUCAGGAAUUGCUCCUUAUGGGGAUUCUUUAGUUGUUCUUGCCUAUAUUCCUGAGGAAGAGAAUGGAGAGAAGGAAUUUAGCAGUACAGUUCCAUCUCGCCAGGGAACUGCACAGAGGCCAGAAGUGCGCAUAGUCACAUGGAAAAAUGAAGAACUCGCAAUGGAUGCUCUUCCCAUACAUGGCUUUGAACAUUACAAGGCAAAGGAUUAUGCCCUUGCUCAUGCUCCUUUUACAGGUAGCAGCUAUGCAGGUGGUCAGUGGGCUGCUGGUGAUGAACCUUUGUAUUACAUAGUAUCUCCUAAGGACGUGGUCAUUGCAAAGCCUAGGGAUGCUGAAGAUCACAUUUCUUGGCUUCUUCAACAUGGUUGGCAUGAAAAAGCCCUGGCCGCUGUUGAAGCAGGACAAGGACGAACUGAACUUCUUGAUGAGGUUGGAUCGAGAUACCUUGAUCAUUUGAUUUUGGAAAGGAAGUACGCUGAAGCAGCAUCUCUGUGUCCCAAGUUGUUGCGCGGAUCUGCUUCAGCAUGGGAGAGAUGGGUUUUCCACUUUGCUCAUCUCCGCCAGCUUCCCGUGUUGGUUCCAUAUAUACCUACAGAACAUCCAAGGUUGCGGGAUACUGCUUAUGAGGUGGCUCUUGUGGCUCUUGCAACUAAUCCAGCUUUUCACAAGGACCUCUUGUCAACUGUUAAAUCUUGGCCACGGGAGAUAUAUUCUGCCUUGCCUGUUAUUUCCGCAAUUGAACCCCAGCUUAAUACUUCCUCAAUGACAGAUAACCUGAAAGAGGCAUUAGCUGAGUUGUAUGUGAUCAACACACAGUAUGAGAAAGCACUUGCAUUAUAUGCUGAUGUAAGUACCCCACUGCUGAUGAAGCCUGAGAUAUUCGACUUCAUUGAAAAACAUGGUUUACAUGAGGCCAUUCAUGAUAAGGUUGUCCAACUGAUGAUACUGGACUGCAAACGAGCAGUUCCUCUAUUGAUCCAACACAGGGAUUUAAUUACUCCAUCUGAGGUAGUUUCUCAACUGUUGAGUGCCAGUAAAAAGUGUGAUCAUAGAUAUUUCUUGCAUCUAUAUCUGCAUUAUCUAUUUGAAGCCAACCCGAAUGCUGGGAAGGAAUUUCACGAUUUGCAGGUAGAUCUCUAUGCUGACUACGAACCACAGAUGCUGCUUCCUUUUCUGCGUAGCAGUCAGCAUUAUAAACUUGAGAAGGCAUAUGAAAUUUGUGUUAAAAAAGAUCUUCUGCGAGAGCAGGUCUUCAUCCUUGGAAGGAUGGGGAAUUCCAAAAAAGCACUGGCUGUCAUCAUAAACAAGCUAGAGGAUAUAGCGGAGGCUAUAGAGUUCGUGACGACGCAACAUGAUGAUGAGCUAUGGGAGGAUCUAAUUAAACAGUGUCUCCGUAAACCUGAAAUGGUAGGCAUAUUGUUGGAGCACACUGUUGGAAAUCUCGAUCCACUUUAUAUUGUUAAUAUGGUGCCCAAUGGAUUACAGAUACCAAGGCUUAGGGACCGUCUUGUCAAGAUAAUAACAGAUUACCGGACAGAAACUUCCCUUAGACAUGGAUGCAAUGAUAUACUCAAGGCCGACUGUGUAAAUCUUUUGGUGAAAUACUACAAGGAGGCCCGGCACGCGGUCCUUUUGGGCAUUGAAGAAGAUGAAGCGCGUGGGAAGAGGGAUGACAGUAGUACUCAGGCAUCUGAGAGAGCAGCCAGCUCAGGAAAUUUGGAGGUCAAUUCGAGAACCAAGGGUGGUGGAAGGUGUUGCAUGUGCUUCGAUCCGCUUUCGAUUCAAAACCUCUCAGUCAUUGUAUUCUUCUGUUGCCAUGCUUAUCACAUCACAUGCCUCACCGGCUCCUCUGAUUCGAAUGGGGUUGGUGCCGGCAGAGGGGUUCAAGCCUCUUCUCGACGGCCUUUACCGGAUUAUGAUGAUGAUGACGACGUGGAUGAUAAUGUUGGGUCUGGUGGGUCCCGGAUGCGUUGUAUUUUAUGUACUACAGCCGCUGCAUAAGCAGCUGUGCACUUGAGAGGGAUGUGUGUGUGUGUGUUCGCGCGCGUGUGUUCGUGUAUGUGCAAGUUUUGGGCCCCCUUGGCAUUAUUGCUUGUAUUUUAGGAUUUUUUAUUUUUUAUUUCCCAAGAGUGUCUUUUUGCCAUAUAGCGAUUGAUGGCAGGAUGGUGUACCUGGGUACACAUUUUUUUUAGUCUAAUAUAUAAUAUAAAUAUAAUGAAGGUUGUUUA